CAGAGAAGAGUGAGACAAGACAAGCGAUGUAAACAAACGUAGCUGCGGGAGGCUGCGCGGGAGGGGGAGGGAGCCACAACAUAGCACACUAUUCCUCUUCAACGUGUUCCCUUGCACACCACCAGGAUGGAGAUCAUAGUAGCCAACGUGGACAAGGUGACGUUUGACAUAGAGGUGCAGCUGGAGGAGCAAGUGGGCGCCCAGAUGCUGCCUUUCCCUGGCAUGGACAAGUCCAUUGCUGCGGUGUGUACUUUCUACAUGAGGGGGAAUUGCAGUAAGAGCGUCAACUGUCCGUUCCGACAUGUGCGCGGCGACCGGACUGUGGUGUGUAAGCACUGGCUGCGUGGCCUUUGUAAGAAGGGCGACCAGUGUGAGUUUCUCCACGAGUAUGACAUGUCCAAGAUGCCCGAGUGUUACUUCUACUCCAGAUUCAAUGCUUGCCACAACAAAGAGUGUCCCUUCCUACACAUCAACCCGGACAUGAAAAUGAAGGACUGUCCCUGGUACGACCGAGGGUUCUGCCGCCACGGACCGCAGUGCCGCAACCGUCAUGUUAGGAGGGUCCUCUGCAUGAGUUAUUUUGCUGGUUUCUGCCCUGAUGGUCCCAGCUGUAAAUUUAUGCAUCCGAGGUUUGAGUUGCCACAGGUGAUGGAUGACAAGCAGACGUCACACAAGAAGCAGGGUAUCACUUGUCACUACUGCGGGGAGACGGGACACAAGGCUUCACAGUGCUUCAAGGCAAACCCAGAGUUGAGGGAGCAGAACGCCAUCAUUAGCUUAGCGUCAGGAGGCCCCAAGAACCAACCGGGCAAGGAGGCGUCGUCACAGAAUAGCUAUGAUACUGGCAACAGACUGGAUAACAUCACCUGCUUCAAGUGCGGUGAACAGGGGCACUUCGCUAAUCGGUGCACGAAGGGUCAGUUUGCUUUCCUCAGCUCUGGCAACUGACGGCAGGGCGGCGAAGACAGGGCUAUAAUGUAAUGUUAAUAGUUACAGUAAGAAUAAUUAAGUUUUCUAUGAUGUGUGUGUGUGUGCGUGUGUGUGUGUGUGUGUGUGUGUGUGUGUGUGUGUGUGUGUGUGUGUGUAUGAUAAUAAAUGAAAGGUUGUCGGUUAA